AUGACCGCCGUGCUCCUGCUGCCGAUCGCCGCGCUGCCUCUCAAAGCCAAGCAGAACAAGGUGGCUUCCAUCGUCGGCGUGGCCUACUUCUCCCAGUUUGGAGUCAUCCUCGCCGCCGCCCUCGCCCGGCUUGGGCUGCUCAAGCCUCCGCCCUUCAAUUCGCUGACCAACAUCGCCAAUGCGGAGAUGGAGCGGGCGGUCGCCGCGGGCGACGUGCCGCCGCUGAUGGCGACAGUUUACGCACAGCAGUUCUGGAUUGGCCUGGUGGCGGACUACUUUGCUGGUGGGCAGGACGACGCGUUUCUUCCACAGUGGUGCGCGGACCACAUCACCCUCUGCGCCUCCGCCGGGCUCACAAACGUGUGA